UUAAAUUGAAGCACUGAAGUCUGUUAUACAAACUACAGCGUUAUCGAGUGGACUGCGUGGUGUCUGUGGGGUACCGUCUACUACUGCUGUGUUUGAGUCAACGUCGACAUUUAAAUGCACCUUAAGUAUAACUACUGGCGUGCGUUGCAGAUAUAGUGCCAUUUUUAAAGUAUUGUGGUUUCAGCAAAGAAAGCAGUGCGUGAACAUAAUGCGUAGUGACGACGACAGGUGCAGUGACAGGCCUCGGUCGUCAAGCCACUCGAAAAAGUUCCGCAUGAAUGAAGGAGAUUGGCUUUGCGUCGAUUCGCAGUGUGGCAACGUCAACUUUGCACGCAGGACCAGCUGCAAUCGUUGUGGUAAAGAGAUUAUUACUGGCCAACAAGAGGACUCUGGAAGUCGCGCGGAACAACUGCCUGCGGAUUUGCCUGGACCUCCCGAAGGGCUCUUCAGCGUCAGGAACAGUAGCGGAAGCAGGAUGCCUACCGCUAAAUGUCAUCGCUUCCCAAGAAACAAUGAGUACCCAUCUUUGGCAUGUGCUCCAAGGGAAGGAGCAGUACCGUGUCCACAUAACCCACAAAAAACUGGAUCUGGCAUCUAAGCGGCAGCUGGGUCACGAGAUUGGCAAGGCAGCAGCCGAAAAAAGUCGUGGUCUGUUCAGUGCUGACGACUGGCAAUGUGGCCGCUGUGGCAAUGUGAACUGGGCUCGCCGUCAGUCAUGCAACAUGUGCAAUGCUCCCAAGUUUGGCGAAGUGGAGGAACGCACAGGCCUUGGAGGGGGCUACAAUGAGCGUGAGAAUGUCGAGUAUGUGGAUCGGGAGGAAUCAGAUAGCGAGUAUGAUGAUUUUGGCCGCCGAAAGAAGCGGGCUCGACGAGAUGAUGACCGGGCAGCCAGUCCCCUUUCUCGGCAAUCAGAAAGGGAGGAUGAAGAAAAGGAGAAUGAUGACAAUGAUAAGGAGGAGGAGGAGGAGGAGGAUGAGGAUGGCGGAGGUGAUCUUUCCAAGUAUGACCUGAGUGGCUGGGAUUCUCCUCACAGCCCCGGCUCGAGUGGCAAGCCAGAAGAGGAACAGCUCCAGGAGGAAAAGGCAGCAGCUGGAGGAGCGUCCAGGUCCAGGUUUGCAGCAGCUGCGCUGGCUGGGAGCAUGUGCAGCUGUUGCCUGCCACUCCAAUCUGUAGCCCUAUUUGCAUGGACAUCCGGGACUGAGGAGGCAGGAAAUAAAAGCUGUGGCAGCAGAGACCCCCUGGUGACUCGUUGA